AUGGGGAGCCCGGGGCUAUUGCUGCUGUUCCCGCUGUUGCUGGCUCUCACACUGCUGACAACUGUUCUGCGUGUCUCGGCGAACGAGGGUGAUGCCGCCUUUAAUGCACUGCCGUCCAACGACGCAGCGGAUUUUGUCCCCGACGAUCAUCAUCAUCAGCGGCAGAAGCAGUGGGAUCGCGGGGAGGAAGCGCUGGCCGUUGAGCAGCAAAUGAUAAAACGCAUGAUGGAGGACAGUGCGCGGCGAGACGCAGCACGGCGCGAGCAGCGCCGUCGUGUCCACCUAUUAUUCCUUGAGGCCCACCAGCGCAUUAGCGCAUACAAACCGAUGAGGGCCGACGAAUUGUUUCCGCUGUCGAUGCGUGCAGAUUAUUUGCGAAUGCGCCGCAUCGUUCUGCGGCGAAAUGGUGGGGAGACAUUAUUGCAGGCCAUCCUCACACUCAUCAUCUGGACGGUGCCCUUCGUUUCCCUUGCUGUGUGGCAGUUUGCGUGA